AUCCUUCAAGAUCGGUCCUUCACGGAUGAGCAACACCAAACGAGCCUUCGCUUUGCUAAACGAUAUGCGUUACGCUUUACGCAUUGAUUAUCAGAUACAGAUAUCAGAUACUUCAAAUGAUUUCAAUAUUCGAGCAUAUGCCAUUGCCAAACACUGAAACAUUACAUAUAUAGAACAUUUUCCAAUAUACAAACUUCAGUAAGGAUGGCAUGGAUGACGACAGGAUAAUAUUCUCACGCCCCCAUCUCAACACGUCGUACAAACAGAAGUAGACAACGUGCUCUUGGCGCCAAGUUUGGUCAUACACAUCUGAAAUAGUUCCGGAAGCGGUACUCGUUGAGAGUCUCUCCAGCAAAAAUGCUCUUACAAAAAAUGAGAAAAGAAUCAGUUGUGAUAAUUACGUUUCUGUCUGUUUGCUGCAUUGUAUUAAUAAACAAACAGUUAUUUCAAGAUAAUAUGAUAAAUGCACCAGAAAUGUUAUUAAAGCAGUCGAACGAGAGGACACAGUCAACAUACCUCACGGGCGUAUCCAAAGGAGUCUAUAAUGACGCAAUUGAUAACAACGCAGGCAACUUUAAAGCAGCAAAAGACACGUCUGGUGGCAAUACUAAUGUCACUCAUAAUGAGACUCAGUACAAAUGUCAACCAACUGAUUCAAACAGAACAUGCCAACCUUUAGAGUUCUCUGAGAGGUUACUACCUAUGACUGCACUCUACAGUUUCCCCGGCUCUGGAAAUACAUGGGCGAGGCAUCUAAUACAACAGAUAACAGGUAUAUACACUGGUUCAAUGUUUGAUGACAUCGAUUUAAAAAAGCAUGGCUUUCCUGGCGAGGGACGAACAGAUGGACACGUAGUUGUUAUUAAAACACACGACGUGUCUACCUUCGAAUAUUAUCAACGCGUCAUAAUCAUAAUUCGUAACCCAUUCGACGCUUUUUUAGCAGACUUUAAACGGCUAAUGAAUAAAGAGGAGCACGUAGGAGAAAUCACAGAGGACGAAUUUAAAGAAAAGAAUAUGAUAACUCCUUUUAGCAAGUUUAUGGCCACAGGCCUAUAUUCUGCAAAUCGAAUUGACGAUUGGUUUCUGGGAUUACUUCUUGCAUUAAAAGCAUUUAGCACUAAAAACACGUCAUUAAUUCUACAUUACGAGAAUCUUAAAACAAAUUUAAGACAUGAGCUUCUAAGAAUUGGUGAUUUUCUUGGAUUCAGCAUAUCAGCAGAUAUUAUUCAAUGCACGAUUUGUAACUCUGAAGGCAAUUACCAUAGAAAAUCAAAGGGAUUUUUUAAUCCAUAUUCGAAACAAGAAACAAUCGAGAUUUCAUCAUAUAUUAAAGCUCUUAAUGAAACAUUUAAAGAAAGGUGUGGUCGUUCGUGUGCUUUUCCAUACUCCACUCCUAGUCUGACUGAGUUACUUUAAGAAGUCCGUUCAGAGUAGAUAUAAUGAAGGUAUGAAAUUGAUCACAGAUUAAACAACCGUAUUUAAAUGAGAUUCUAAAGUUGACAAAAUAUGAAACAACACGUUUCAUGUAAAAAGCUGAGACCCAGAAAUGCAGUUAUAAAAGGUUACCUGUAUUUUACAAGUGGGGGUCUUGUACAGGUGGGGCUCUUGUACAGGAUGGCCAGAAAGAAAUAUUAUCUACCUUAAUUGUUCAAUAAAUUUUACUCCAGUUUUUAGGCACUACCACUAGUUCUAGUUACUCAUCCCCUGGACGGAUGGGGUAUAUUUGAAGCAACCCCAACCUCUUUGUAGGACCCCAUACUCCCAUUGCCUUAUUUCAUAGAAAAAACUACCUAAAAGUUAGGUAAUCAAUAAAUACCAGAUCUCUAAAUGCCAAACUCUGACGCGAAUUCUAUAAAAACCAGAUUAAUAUGCAGAAA